AAAUUAUGAACUCACAAGAAAUUAUGGAUUCUGAGGAUAUUACAGAUCCUGAAGAAAUUAUGGAUUCUGAUAUUUUAGUCUCAAAUGAAGAUUUUAUAACACUAUCUAAGAAUUUUGGUAUACAUUGGAUGGGUUUCUUGUAUUCAAAAGAAUUUAAAAAUAAUAAAGCCUAG